CACUGCAAUUUUUCUAAUUUUGUUUUUCUUAAGAAAUGUCCAACUGUUCAUUGAAUGUUUCAGAAAGGUGCAGUUAAUUAAAUGUUUCACUGAAACAGAGGAUUAGAAGCAAUAGGAGUUGUCACAAUUUAUAGGUGAAUGUGCUGUUGUGGUUCUGGUCUGGCCCCCUUGAGAUGAACAUGGGGUGUAUGUGGCCCCUGAACUGAAUUAGAAUGACUCAAACAUUUGAAGACACAUCCAGGGACCUUCUCGUUCAGUCUUUCCUCAUAACUGGGCUAUCCUGCUCCACCAGAAAAUAGAAAAUGUAUAUAUAUAUAUAUACACACAUAUUAUCCUCUCAGGGAAAGGUGGAGACAGCAUGGCAACAGAGAAACCGAGACAGCCUCCACUUCACUCCGCGCACAAUCACAAUUAUAACGCGCACUGAUGCGCACGCGCAAACGCAUCUACCCCUUGCGUCCUCGUUCCAUCUUCAUCCAUCUCUCCACUACUCUCUCUCUCUCUCUUCCUCCCUCCCUCUCCCUUUCUCCACGGGGGACAGAUGGGAGGAGACGCUGCCGCUGCUGAAUGUGUUUUUUUCCUGCAGCGGGUUUCUCAGUAACGGAGAAGAAGGGAGAAGGCGCGCAUUGCUCCUCUCCAUCUGCCACGGAUCCUCCGGUGUGAUUUCCACAGCUGGCCUCUCCCGGUCCCGUUGUGCCCACGUCUUGGCUUUUUUUUUCUCCCCCCCGCCUCUUUCUUCUCACAUGGACCGAGGAGAUCUGUCUGAGAGCAGCGCGUAGUCUGUGUGACUUUGGAUUUAAAAAGCGAGCGAUCUUGAAAUGAAUCACACAGCCCGGGUCGAUGUGCUCGCCUCAUCCGUUUUCCGGCCCCGUGGGUACCAAAGAUGCGGCUGGUGGUAGCGCGGGUACCUGUCCUGGUUUCACACCGGCUCGGUUCGUCCCGGUAGUCUGAUCCUGCCCGGUGCUGCGGUGCUCACAGGGGCCACCAGAGUGAUAUUCUUUUCCUUUUAAAAGCCGGACCACCAGCAGCCUGACAGAUGGAUAACUACUCUACUUUACAAUUGCAGUGUCUGGAGAUGACCACUAAGCGGAAGCUGAUUGGCCGGCUGGUGCCGUGCCGCUGUUUCCGUGGUGAAGAGGAAGUGAUCUCAGUGUUGGACUACUCCCACUGCAGCCUUCAGCAGGUCCCCAAGGAGAUCUUCAGCUUCGAGAGAACUCUGGAGGAGCUCUACUUAGACGCCAAUCAGAUUGAGGAACUACCCAAGCAACUCUUCAACUGCCAGGCCUUGAAGAAGCUGAGCAUGCCCGAUAACGACCUGUCCAACCUGCCCACCACCAUCGCCAGCCUGGUUAACCUCAAAGAGCUAGACAUCAGUAAAAACGGAAUCCAGGAGUUUCCAGACAAUAUAAAGUGCUGUAAAGGCCUAUCGGUGGUGGAAGCCAGUGUCAACCCCAUCACCAAACUCCCAGAUGGUUUCACACAGCUCCUAAAUCUGACCCAGCUCUUCUUAAACGAUGCCUUCCUGGAGUAUCUGCCGGCUAACUUUGGCAGACUCUCCAAACUACGGAUCCUGGAGCUGAGAGAGAACCACCUGAAAACCAUGCCAAAGUCCAUCCAUAGACUGACACAGCUGGAGAGGCUGGAUCUGGGUAGCAAUGAGUUCUCUGAAAUGCCGGAGGUGUUGGAACAGAUCCACAACCUGAAGGAGCUGUGGCUGGAUAACAACUCUCUACAGUCUAUACCGGGGUCAAUAGGGAAGCUUCGGCAGUUGCGUUACUUGGACCUAGCGAAGAAUCGCAUUGAGACGUUGGACACGGACAUUUCAGGCUGUGAGGCCUUAGAAGACCUGCUGCUGUCCUCCAACAUGCUGCAGCACCUCCCUGACUCUAUAGGAAUGUUGAAGAAGCUGACAACGCUGAAGGUGGAUGACAACCAGCUGACCUCACUGCCUAACACCAUCGGGAGUGCGAAGCCGAAGCACGGUCUGUCUCUGUUGGAGGAGUUGGACUGUAGUUGUAAUGAGUUGGAGUCGUUGCCGCCCACCAUCGGCUACCUGCACAGCCUGAGGACCUUCGCUGCCGACGAGAACUUUCUCACCGAGCUGCCCCGGGAGAUCGGUAACUGUAAGAACGUGACGGUGAUGUCACUGCGGUCCAACAAGCUGGAGUUUCUGCCCGAUGAGAUCGGACAGAUGACCAAACUACGAGUCCUUAACCUCAGUGACAACAGGUUGAAGAAUCUACCGUUUACCUUCACUAAACUGAAGGACCUGGCAGCUCUGUGGCUCUCUGACAAUCAGUCCAAGGCUCUGAUCCCACUGCAGACAGAAGCCCACCCCGAAACCAAACAGAAGGUUCUGACCAACUACAUGUUCCCUCAGCAGCCGCGACACGAUGAGGAUUACCAGUCGGACAGUGACAGCUUUAAUCCUACUCUGUGGGAGGAGCAGAGACAGCAGAGGAUGACUGUGGCCUUUGACUUUGAGGAUAAGAAAGAAGAGGAAGACAACUCUGGGAAGGUCAAGGUGGAGAUAAAUCUGAAGCGAUACCCGACACCCUACCCGGAGGACCUUAAGAACAUGGUCAAGUCGGUGCAAAGUCUGGUGGGCAAAAGCGUACAUGCCGGACACGGGCACCAGCACCAGCAUCAGCAUCAACAUCAGCAUCAACAUCAGCAUCAGCAUCAACAUCAACAUCAACUUCAGCACCAGCACCAGCUGAGCACAGGGACGGCCACCUCGGCAGGAACCAACAUGGAGCAUACACACCUCAGCAAAGAGCCGUACGAACCGCCGUGGCCCCUUCCGCCCAAAGAGGUGACAGAUAGAGAGAUGCAGGACUUCUCUCAGACUCAGCUAAUGGAUCAGGGAUCAAUGCAUAACUCUGGCAUCGAUAUCCCCAAGAGGAAGGACAAAGAGGACCUGACAGAGAGCUCUGAGGACUCAAUGGGCGGCUCUCCCAACGACAUCCGUAUCUCUGACAUGAGGCCCACCCUGGUGGAGCCACCCAUGUACAAACCAAAGGUGGUGCUGCUGGGCAAGGAUAAGAAAGAGUCUACAGAUGAGGAGGUGGAUAAACUCCACUGUCUGAACCACAGCGGCUCCUCGGCCACCUACUCCGACUACUCUCCCUCACAGGGCUCCUCCGGCUCCUCCAACCCGCCUGCGAACGCACACUCGCACGCACACUCUCACGGACACCAACACACUCCGGCGCUGCCGGCCCCCAGCAAGGACCAGGCUCCUCAGACACACUGGACCAACAGACUUGCCCAGUCGUUCCCCAAGCCCAUCGACUCCAAGCCCCUGCUGUCUCAGAGAGAAACGCCCCCGUCAGGAACCCUGCAGCAGCGCGGGGAUCGGCGUCCACUUAGCGAGCCCUUCGAUUGGUCUGAGGUCCCUCACUACGACAACACGGGUUUUGACGCAGAGGAGUCUCCUAUGGACGCUCCAUCUGGUACGAGUCAGGGAAACCCACCGCUGGGCUCUAAACCUCGCAGCCAGUCGACACACGGCCGCCGACCCCUCCUCAGGCAAGAGCGCAUCGUAGGAGUCCCCCUGGAGCUGGACACGCAGACGCUCCCCUUCCACGGCAACCAGCGGUCCACCCCAGACAAUGAUCCGCAGUCGUCUCAGUCACAGAACCCCUGGCAAAAUUGGACCAGGACCCCCAGCCCGCUGGAGGACAGAACCGCUUUCCCCUCGAAACUAGACUUGACUCCCACUUCCAGCCCGAACCCAGAUCGCAAGGACAUGGACUCAAGGCUGGAACAAGGCUCAGGCCCUUUGCCUGGCAGCUGGACGUACCACGACAAUCAGGGGGAGCAGAACAGGAAGGAUCAGCUCAGUGUGGGCGGCGGCAACAAGGUGACGGUGGUGAUGAGCAAAAGUUCGGACCGCCUGUCGCCCAUGAUGAAAGAGACGAGAUCCAAGUUUAAGAAGUCCCAGAGCAUAGAUGAGAUUGACAUCGGCUCAUACAAAGUCUACAGUAUUCCCAUGGAGAGCUAUAGUUCAUCCAUCGAGCAGCAGACGAGUUUGGACCGUCCAGAGCUGCCUGGUUCUAUGGAGCAGACCAGCAUGUCGCGAUCACAGUCUGCCCCCAUGCUAGACGAUGAGCUGGGCUUUCCAGGACAUGGAGGCAACCAGCACCAGCAGGGACAGAACCAAAAACCUGCCAUCCCACACAAGGCCUACCAUUUUGACCAGAACUACAACCCCCAGGUGACCAUGGAUCGUCGGGCCCCUCCUCCCUUCCCCAACACACCUGACUACGUCAACCACUCGUCGAAGGCUUUGGAGUACUUAAAUCAACCAGGGAAGACGUUACCCAAGGAGCUAGUGAGCCCUCGGUAUCGCGCCUAUCCGCCACUGGAGAUGUUUUCUUUCCCCCAGUCACCAAUUAACCAGGAUGGUCCGCAGAGCCAGCAGCAGCAGCCGAUCCCAUCACAGCGCUCCAGACCAGGGUUUCUACGGAGAGCGGACUCGUUGGUGAGCUCUACAGAGCUCGCGUUGUUCCGUCGUGUUCACGAAGCCCAGCAGGAGGCGCUGCAGGAAGCUCAGUACAGGCAGCAGGCGGACCCCCCUCUCUAUGGCCGGGCUCUCGCCUACUCAACACCCAUGGAGCACUCUGCUCUCAGCAACAUGGCCGACAGCCAGAGUCAGAUGAUGCACAACAAGAGAAACGGUCGCUAUGAUGACGACUAUCCCACCUACCAGGAGCAGAAGAAGCCCAUGAUUGGUUAUCCCACCAAGAGCCUGACUCAACGCCGUCCCCUGUCUGCCAGGAGCUACAGCACUGAGACUUACGGAGCGUCUCAGGCCCGUCCAGUGUCAGCUCGUCCCACCAUGGCCGCUCUCCUGGAGAAAAUGCCACCCGACUACACCCUGGCAACCUGUCCUGAGAAAUCACCUGACGACACCAUCAAAGUAAGACCCGUCGUACCGCAGAAACCCGAAGACAUCACCUCCAAGAUGCCGGCCGACUGGAGGCAACAGCUACUCAGGCACAUAGAGGCCAAACGAUUGGACAGGAGUGGUGUCCUAAAGCACAACACGCUCACGCUGGGCAUGCUCUGUCAGGGCGGGGGUCACGGCCAGGGGCGCAGCAGCACUUUGAACUUUAACCUUUACAAUAACACUAAGCAUGAGCCCCCUGCUGGCCGCUGGCUGCCACUACCUCCUCCUCCGUCUGCUAAUGCUACCCCCUCUCAGCAAGCUGCCAUGUUGGACAAUGACCAGGAGGGGGUAUCGGGGAGCAACCAGUGGGCUCCCUACUCACUUGGCAGGAGAGACGUCCCCCCUGAUAACCUCAUGAAAAAGGGCGGCCAUUCCCACAAUCCUUCCCACCAGUCACACAACACCAUGAUCGUCACUUCCUCUUCCUCCUCUUCGGCCACUACGCCUCAUCGUGUGGUUGGGCAGCAGGGCUACGACGGGAUGAUGAACAAGGGCGGUGGUCAGUACCAACCAGGGAUGCCUCUGUCCGUGGUUCCCUCUGGGGGGCAGUACCAAGGCAACAUGUCUCAAGCCCAUUCCAAUCAAGGCCAGGGUUACUCCAGCAGUGGCAUGUCCAUGGCUAUGUCCCCAUCUGGAAACCAAUCCCAGUACAACCCCCACAGCUCCCACCAGCCUUCCCUGCCCUCUACCAACCCCCAGUACCAUGGCAACCAGGGCAUGGUUCAUAGCAACCAGGUCGUCAUGACCCACACCAACCCACGGCCUCAGAGCGCUCGCUGCCUGCUGCAGACUAAAGGCCAGAAGAGCACGGACGGUUUCCAGGAACAGCUGUGUGUGAGAAUAGAGAAGAACCCUGGUCUCGGUUUCAGUAUCUCUGGUGGCAUCAGCGGCCAGGGGAACCCCUUCAAACCCUCCGACAUGGGUAUCUUUGUUACUAGGGUACAGCAUGACGGGCCCGCCGCCUCUGCCCUGCAGCCCGGAGACAAGAUACUGCAGCAUGACUGUGUAGCUCCUCCUCUUCUCUCUCUUUUCCCCAACAGUGAUGUGUUACUGAGAUAAUGAUGGCAGUGACCCUCCAUCCCUCCACAAACACUCACACAUAGACAUGUGUAUGGAAAAAAACAAAAAGAGAAAAAAAAACUAAAAAAAAAACAAACCCUGCAGCUCACAUACCUCUAUACAUACAUGCACACACACACACAUGCUGUUGACUGUGCUGCGUGUUUGCCUUGCAGGCUAACGGACAUAGUUUUUUACACAUGGAGCACGAGACAGCCGUCUCUCUGCUGAAGAGUUUCCAGCGGACGGUGGACUUGGUGGUUCUGAGAGACAGCAGCACGCGCUAGAAAUAGUUUUAUAACAAACAAACAAAUACAACAACGCUUCUCUUCUCUGCUCAUCGCCAUCUCCGCGCCACCCCACCUGCCCUCCGCUGGAGGCUGGUGGAACUGACAAAAAAAAAAAAAAAGAGCCUUUUUUACCUUUUUAGGGGAACACACAGACAUUUAUUUGCCUAUUGCUGGACCAAAGGCAAAUACCAGUGCCAAAUGUACCAUAGCAAACAUAUCGGCUCUUCUGUCGACCGGCGGUCAGGGACCUGAUCGACGGCUGGACGGACCACAAGAGGACUCUACACUUGGAGUCCCCACAGGGCUGCUGCAGUUUGGAUUUUGUGGUUGGUUGUUAAUUAGGCAGUCAUCUGAUCUCUCUGUCUCAGUAGUUUGUUUUUGUUGGUUAGUUUCGUGGAUGCUUUUGCCUUUCUCCAACUCCCCCCCCCCCCCCCCUCCCCGCCAUGAUUGAUCUUAAUUGAUUGAUUUGCUUAGUGUAGCACAUGGUGCACUUCUGUCUUUUUUCUCAGCCGUCUUCUCUAUAUAUUUUUUUAAUCCUUUUUGUCCUUCUUUUCCUUUUGCGUCUCGUGUUUCAUUCUUUUCCCGCUGUCUUUUUUUUCCUCCGUUCUGCAGGUAUUAUUGCCUCCACUGUACAGAAAUUGAAAACUUAAGACUUUCUGCCUUGUGUACAUAUAUAGAGAUUCAACUUUCUAGAGCUGCACUCUCCCUAGGGCCUGAACAGACAGCUCUAAACGUUUAUGAUUAAUAUAAUUAUUGUUGAUAGACUAUAUUCUGAAUUCUCUCCUGUGAGCACACAGGGACGGUUUCUCCGAACGGAUGAUUUUCUAAAGUAUAUCACUAUUUUAUCUGUAUAGAAAACACUUUUUCAUAGCUCACCAUUGCUACUCGUAUUUUUCAUUUGCUUGCACAGCUGUGCUGAGAAGUCCUAAAGCAAUAUUUCCGAGGCUCAGCCCGUUGAGCUUUCCAGCAGAGCCUAACUUGUCCUGCAGUGCCAUCUAUUGAGCAAGUCACGCUAAUGUUUACACACACACACACUGCCACGCACACACACAGGCAAACACACACACACACACACACACACACACACACACACUUCUGUGAACUGUUGCAUAAUGAAGCCCUGUUGAUAAUUUAAUCUGAUUUUGGAACAUAAAACGCACUCACACUGAACACUGUUAUUAAUACGUGUGCCAUCUUUUCAAGUCUUCUACUCUUGUCACAGCACUGUCACGUUCAUUUUUAGGGGUUUGAGUUGUACAAUAAAGUCAGAGCAUGCUUUCAUAUCAUCGGUCACUUGCAGCCGGACAUUUUUUAUUUUUAUGUAUUUUUUUUGUUGUUGUUGUUGUUGUUGGCUUCUAGACGUCUCUAGCAUAGCUUUGAGUUUCAAUGAGAAUGAUGGUCUUUUGUUGGACCCGUUUGGACCCUCUGCCGCUCGCCGGUUGUAUUUACAAGAGCUUUACCUCUUUGUGGCUCAGAUCUGAUCUGCACACAUCUAGCCUGGAGAGAGUUUCUUAAGCGCUGGCUCAGUUUCAAAUCUAAGCGUUCGCAGGCUGUGUCCAAACCUCUGUCCUUCCUGUGGAAAGCAACAAGGUUAAAAAAAAAGAAAAAAGCGUCCCCACAAGAAUGAACCAUGUUUAGCACAGAAGCUGUUUUUUUUUUUUUUCUGUCCUUUUUCAGACAAUCGGGUGAAAGAUCGGAUCUGUGUCACAAGGUUUUUCCUUUUACUUACACUUGAAUGUUGAGUGCAACUAGAAGAGAUGCUACAAGACGCUACGUGAAAUUGUAGAUUUGCCGACUUGGUUGGUAAAUGUAGAUAGAGUCGGGUAAUAUUUGAAGUUAAAAAAAGAGAUGUGAGUUUGUACAGGAAGCCUUUGGCCUAAGGUGCAACCAUGGCAGCGCGGUCUGAGCGUCACGGUUACACUUGAGAAGUUGCGAAGGGGUUCAUUUUCCAUCUUUGUGUGUAAACGCAACGCGCGUCUUAAAGACAUUUCACAGCGGUGAAUUUUGUUCUGUUCUGCACAACAUCCGAUGUCUCAUCCGGAGCGAAACAACGACCGUCACUGUCCUUUGCUUUUUACGUGACAUGACGCCAUCGCAUCCUGUGCCCAUUUUGUGUCAGCUCUCCUAAUAAGCGUUAGACGUCAGUUGAUUUAACACAAGGCGACACAAGAUGGCACAGGUAAAUCGUGUGGUUGAGAGAGUUUAGCCACAGGUGAACCCACCCAGCCCUAUUUAGAGUUUGAAAUAUCAAAGAUAUUGUGACGGAAAAAAAACACAAAAACAAAACAAAACAUAAAAAAAAAAAAAAAAAAACAGAGAAAAAGCUUUGAUAAUAUAAUUAUUUUUUACUACAUGUUUCAGGUAAUUCUUUCUAAAUAUAUUGAUAUACCUUAGCUUUGCUCAAAAAUUGUGAUAUUUUAUAAUGACACUUAUAACAAAGUUAUGGAUGGAAGUACGCACAGUAUGACUUGGAGACCUACACAUGUACUAUCCAAAACUGUAUAAAAUGUAUUUCUACUGUAAUUGUGAAUUUGUGUUAUACAAAUAUAUAUUAUAUAUAUAUGUAUAUGGCUAUAAAAACAGUCAUUUUCUAUGUGUUUAAACUACAUAAGAGCUGAACAAAUGAGGACGGUGUCACUGUACAUAGCUGUGAAUGAAAUCCAAUUUACAACGACUCAUAUUGAUUGUGAAUGUACUCAUGCUUUCUGCAGUACCUACACCUACCCAACUUGAAUGCUGCUUCUUCUGUUGUGUGACAAAAAGUACUUUGACCUCCGAGGAGAGAAACGCUGUCGAGUUAUACGUUGGACGAAUUUUAGUGGCGGUUUUAACAGAAACUAUUUAUUUCAUUAUUUAUUUGCACAUGCAAGUUGAAAUCCUUCCAGUUUUAAGUUUGAGUAUUAAUGCGGAGAAAUGUAAUUGCCGAAGUAUAUAUAAUAUAUAUCAUGUGUUUAGAAUGCAUUUUGCAGACGCUAUCUGUACAUACUAUUUAAGAUACAGUUUUUACAAAAAAUAAUAUAUGUAUAAAAUUGAAAAAAUGCUGUGCAGCGAUUCUACUGGAGCCAUUUUGGGCUUUGGGACGUACCAUUUUUUCAGUAUAUAAGAAGUGUUUUGAAUAAUGUACUAAAGUCUCUAUUGUACAAAUAAUAAAAAUGUCACUAUUGGUAA